ACUUUCUGUAAAGCUGCUUUGAAACGAUUGUGAAAAGCUUUAAAUAAAUAAAUUUGACUUGCUUUGGAUGUUUUCCUGGAAACUGGCUGCACGUUCUCCUAGAUGUUCCUCUGUCUGUCGAUGUAGAUGGGGUCGAGGAUUUCUCCGUUGGUUCCUCAGGAACACGUGUCUGAACCCAGUCUGCUGCAGCCCGAGAAUCACGCAAACGCUCUGACUCUGAACUCACGCUCGCUGAGUCUCAAACACUCCAGCCGCCGCGGAUCCCAGCGCGCCGAAAUCCCACACGCGAGCCAAAGCGUCCUCAGCGGCCCGACGGGGAGCCUGUCCUACGACAGCCUGCUGCAUCCCGCGGGCGUCCAGCCGGCGUUCCUUCCCAUGGAUCCGGGUCUGUCCCGCGGCUCCGUUGACAUGCAGCGGCUUCCGGCGCGCAACUGUAGCCCAGUGUUCAUGCACAUCAACCGCGAGCCGUCGCCCGUCCGCUACGACAGCCUUCCCAAACCGCUCAUGAGCUCCAUCCAGGAGCGCCGCGAGCCCGACGACAAGGACAAACCCGUGCAGGACGGCGGCAUCUACGACACUCCCAGCAGACGCAGCCUGCCGCAGGAUUUCCGUGGGCUGUCGUCGUCUCGCGGUCCAACUCCUCCGGCGUACGGCUCGAGGGAGUUCCUCCUGAGCAGCGCGGCAUACGGAUACAGGAGCCGCUCGCAUCUGUCCUCCUCCUCGUCUUCCUCGCUCACCCGCGCACCUCGGACCGCCAGCUCGCCGCUGCACUUUAACCGCUCUCUAUCGCCCUCUAUCUAUCAAUCUCUGGACCGACAGUCACAGCUCCCUCCAUCCACGCUCCCUGCUCCGCUUCCCACCUCCUCCUACGGGCCUCAGAAAGCACUGGCUUACAUCAGAGGAGGAGAAAAACCCGAACCGGAACUAUGAGUCCUGAUCAUAGACUGUAUAAAAACAUGGACGUAGUGUCCGUGACGUCACCCAUAGUUUUCUGAAG